GUCACGACAAUCAAGCUAGGCGCGGCACAGAGAAACCAAAAUGACGGCCGCCGGUUCGAAACGGCGGAAGCUGGCCCAUAACUCAUCCGACGAUGAGGCACAGCAUGCCGCUUCGUCGAGAAGAGCUCAGAAGGACUUCUUCAAGCAUGCAUCCGACUGGAACCUGGAGCACGACUACGAGUCGCGCCGUCGCAAAGGAAAGAAGAACGCCAAAGAGAGCACGAAACUUCCACAGAUUCGCUCCACAGAUGGGCGGGUAGAAAUUGUGCGGAACGUUGAGCCCGAAGAGGAUGCAUCCUCCGUCCAGAGCGACAACGAGUGGCUUGAGGGUCGCGAGGACGGCAUCGAGUCCGAAUCCGAGGAACUCGACGAAGACAAGGAGGAAGAGGAGCAAAAGCCUGAGAUUCCGGAACCUCAGCAGAUUCUUGAAGCUCAGGAGGAGCUGGCCAAACUCGCCAGCUCAAUCAACGAGAACCCCGAAGAGAACAUCGGUGCGCUCAAGGGCCUCGCGGCCCUCGGCCAAUCCAAGAUCCCAACAAUACAGAUGCUGGCGCUCAUGACACAAAUGACCGUCUACCAGGACAUAAUUCCCGGCUACAGGAUACGCCCGCAUACCGAAGAAUCCUCCAAGGAGAAGCUGUCCAAGGAGGUUCGCCAGCUUAGGCAGUUUGAACAGAGCUUGGUAUCCGGUUACCAGGGCUACGUUAAGGAGCUUGCGCGGUGCGCCAAGUUCGAGACGAAGCCUGUGCGAGGCGGGCAGAGUGUGGCGAAUGUUGCAGUCACAUGCGCGUGCUCGCUCAUCACCAAGGUCCCGCACUUCAACUUUCGGUCAGAUGUUGUCAAGAUCCUCGUCGGCAGGCUGAGCCGGAGAAAAAUCGACGACGAUGCCGUCAAGUCCCAGAAGGCGCUGGAAGAAUUCUUUCGCGAUGAUGAGGAGGGCAGGCCAUCUCUCGAGGCAGUGUCGCUGCUCACAAAGAUGAUGAAGGCGCGUGAAUUCGAAGUCGACGAGACCACCGUCAACCUGUUCCUCAGCCUCAGGCUCCUGUCCGAGUUCUCGGGCAAGGCGUCUCAGGAUCGAGUGGAGAGAUCAGCCGAGGACCUGGCCAAGGUCAAGAAGAACAAGAGGGAAUUCCGCACAAAGAGGGAGAGAAAGGCGAUCAAGGAACAAAAGGCGCUCGAGAAGACCAUGGCCCAGGCCGACGCCCUCGUCAGCCACGAAGAGCGCGACAGGAUGCAGUCCGAGACUUUGAAGCUCGUCUUCGCCACCUACUUUCGCAUCUUGAAGCUGCGUGUUCCACACCUUAUGGGUGCCGUUCUGGAGGGCUUGGCGAAGUACGCGCACCUCAUCAACCAGGACUUCUUCGGCGACCUCUUGGAAGCACUCAAGGAUCUGAUCCGCCACAGCGACGAGGACGCCGAGGGUAAGUCCACGGAAGAUGCCGAAAACGAAGAGGAUGACGAAGAUAUUCCCGUUCGCAAUCUCACUCGCGAGGCACUUCUGUGCACCGUCACGGCCUACGCUCUGCUGGCGGGCCAAGACGCCCACAACUCUCGCCACGACCUCCAUCUCGACCUUUCCUUCUUCACGACACAUCUAUUCAAGUCCCUCCUCCCGCUCGCCACCGCCGCAGACCUCGAGAACACCCGCCUCAGCACCUCGUCUUCCUCCUCUGCCGCAUCCGCCACCUCCAAGAUCAACGUCCAAACCACCACAGUCCUGCUACUCCGCUCUCUCACCGGCAUCCUCCUCCCCGCGUACAACGCGCGCCAGGUCCCGCCCCUUCGACUCGCCGCCUUCACCAAGCAGCUCACCUCCACGGCGCUGCACCUUCCUGAGAAGUCGGCGCAGGCUGUCCUGGCUCUGCUCGGCGACAUCGCCCACACACACGCCAAGAAGAUCAACAGCCUGUGGAACACGGAAGAGCGCAAGGGCGACGGCAAGUUCAACCCUCUGAGCGACUCCGUCGAGGGCAGCAACCCAUUUGCUUCGACGGUCUGGGAAGGCGAGUUGCUCAGGAAGCAUUUCUCGCCAAAGGUGCGGGAAGGGGUCAAGAUGUUGGAGAAGAGCAUGACAAGUUGAAGCCGCGACAUUGCAGUAUUAUUGCUUCCAUUUGAAUAGCAUGCACAAUCCACCAUGCACGCAGAUUACAAUUGUCGUUGGUUUGCAACGUCGUAAUGCCUUUUCUCCGAAAGCGAAUGCUGUAAAAGUCG